AUGGUGAACCGUUUGGUGUUCAACAGUAUCAUCCGUUCUUCGGGCUGCACAAAGCGUGUGCUGGUUGUGGGUGCGGGCCCUGCUGGCCUAUCGGCAGCGCGGCAUCUGCACCGGCUGGGCAUGCAGGUGACGGUGCUCGAGGCCUCGGACCGUAUUGGGGGGCGAGUGCGCGACGACACAUCCUUCGGCGUAUGCGUCGGCAUGGGUGCCCAUAUCGUCACAGGCGUCACCAACAGCCCCUUGACGACGCUGUGCCUGCAGUCUGGCCACGGCAUGCGGCUCAUUCGCGACCACUGUGACCUGUACACAACGGCGGGGCACAUGGUGCCGACAGAGUGCGACCGCCGCGUUGAGUUCCACUUCAAUGCCAUGCUGGAUGCCGCGUGGGACCAGAACGAGCGGUUCCCCCAGUUCAGCGGGCAGCACGCCCUCAUCCCGGACGACUUCGGCUGUCUCCUGCAGGCCCUGGCCGAAGGUCUCGACGUCCGCUAUGGCCACAAGCAAGCGUCCCGGCAGUGA